AUGGCAGCUCCUAACAAGAUGUUUCUGGAGAAACUGAGCCACAAAAAGAACAGGGCCUUCCUGAAAAAAGAAAAACGAAAGAAAAAAAGGCAGGAAGCUGCCCGACUAAGAGACUCAGAAAUGUCACAAAGGGAAGAGGAGGACACUAUUGAAGAACAACUAAACAAAGAAAAGCUGUUGGAGAUGCAGAGUCAAAGCUUGCAUGAAGAAUGGUUGCUCAGGGAACAGAAGGCACAAGAAGAAUUCAGAAUAAAGAAGGAGAAGGAAGAGGCCACUAGAAAAUGGCAAGAAGAACAAGAUAGAAAGUUAAGGGAAGAAUAUCAGAGAAGAGAAAGAGAACAGAAGGAGCAGAAGCUACAGGAGAAGAGGGAAAAAGAGUUGAAAAGUGCUGCCACCUGGCAAAACCCAGAACCACCCAUGUGCUUAAGAGUAACAGAGAAAGAUCAAAUUAACUGCCCAUUCUACAGUAAAACAGGAGCUUGCAGAUUCGGAGACAGGUGUUCACGUAAACACAAUUUCCCAACAUCGAGCCCCACGCUCCUCAUUAGAAGCAUGUUUACAACGUUCGGAAUGGAGCAGUGCAGAAGGGAUGACUAUGACCCCGAGGCCAGUCUAGAGUACAGCGAAGAGGAGAUCUACCAGCAGUUCCUGGACUUCUAUGAGGAUGUGCUUCCUGAGUUCAAGAACGUGGGGAAGGUGGUCCAGUUCAAGGUGAGCUGCAACUUCGAACCUCAUCUGAGGGGCAAUGUGUAUGUUCAGUAUCAGUCGAAAGAAGAAUGCCAAGCAGCCCUUUCUCUGUUUAAUGGACGAUGGUAUGCAGGGCGACAGCUUCAGUGUGAAUUCUGCCCAGUGACCCGGUGGAAAGCGGCAAUUUGUGGUUUAUUUGAAAGAAAACAAUGCCCAAGAGGAAAAUACUGCAACUUUCUUCAUGUGUUCAGAAAUCCCAACAAUGAAUUUUGGGAAGCUAAUAGGGACAUGCACACAUCUCCAGAUCGGUCCGACUCUUCCUCUGACAAGAACUCAGGGAGGAUGGGCCACCACGAUGAGUACUAUGGCAGGCCCGGGAAGAGGAGAAGCCCCAGUCCCACCCAGAGGAAGAGUAAUCAUAGGGAGAAGAAAUCUCACAAAUACAUGGCAGAAAACCAUGAAAGGUUCAGUUCACAAAGCAGAGAAAGAAGAAGGGACUGUGGCCGUAGUCAGGGCAGCCUGAGUAGAGGUGGCCGGAGCCAUCAGAGUCACAGCAUUAGCUUCUCUAGACAUAGGAAUCCUGGUAGGAGGAGGUCAGGCAGUAAAGGGAGAACUAUUUCAAGUUCCAGUUCCAAAUAA